GUUGUGUUCUGAAUACUUAUCGGUUGCGUGUUUCACAUCGCUCAGAGCUGCUCUUGUGUAACUCCUUUAAUCUCAUUUCAGGUUGAAUCUUGAUGACUGUGAUAAAGCCAGUUAAACUAUCCUUUGACGUUAUUCUACUCAAUCUAUAUUAAGCUGCAUUAGUAACUAAACUGACUACUAACGAUAUAAUAAUGUCAAUGGCUAAUUUGAAAACUUUUUUGAUACGAAAUGACAACUAGCGUCGAGAUAAACAUUUUGACUGACAGAAAGUUCGUCACCACCUUGAAACUGUGAUCAGAUUUAGUACUAGUAGCAACUGAAAAAGUAAAAAUCCCGAUUGAAAGAAAACACGUCAAGAAAUCAUUAACAAGCAAUCCAGGGUUUGAUCAAGAAGGCUCUGCUGCUCCGUAUAUUCGAGGAAAUUUUGCCAAGAAAAUAUUUCUAAACUUGCAUGUCUUUCGUAGCCUGAGGAGAAUCUUGACAUUUAUGUCUGCCCUUGUGCCUGUGUGAUUGAAAAGUGGAAUUCCCCGAAAUCGGUGAAACUCUGUAACAAGUGCCCCCGGUGAGUCAGCGAACUGACUGUCAACUGAAACAACUCCAAAAGAUGUCAAGAUAUCGAUUGCCGGCUUAUUAAUAUCGGAGGUGAUUUUCUACUGCAAAGAAUCUGACGGCAUGUUAGUAACUGAUCGAUUAGUUCCGCCUGGAGCGACUGUUACAACAAGCUAGAAAAGGUAUCGAACGAAACAUUGUAUGUAGAUGGUAGCAUACUGAAGAUACUGCUGCCGUGAGAUGCUUUCUAUAGACGAGUGGAUCUAGAAUGUGGUUUGGAACGAGUUUUCUUAAUCAGCAUGUGCGUAGGACCAAGUGCCAUGUCUGGAUAUGCUGUCAAAGUCUAACUUUGGCAUGGGCAACUUUACUGUGUCACGUGCUCGCGAACCACGAUCCUCCUAUAGUGGCAUCGUACACAACUUUCAACGAAAGUAUAAAUUUUACACGCGUGAUAGUGGAUCAGGACUCCUCCGGUCGGGUGUAUGUCGGCGCCACGAAUUGGUUGUAUCAAUUUGACAGUUCACUGCAAUUAGAGAAAGAGGUCGAAACAGGGCCAGUAGAAGACAGCAUACAGUGCUCUCCUACCGACUGCCUUCACCAGAAAAAGGCCUAUACCACCAAUGUUAAUAAAGUCCUAGUCAUCGAUAGUAAAGCAGGCAAGCUAAUUGUCUGUGGUAGUGUGCAUCAAGGAGCCUGCCGACGUCACCAACUUGAAAACAUUGGGAGUGUUGAAGACUUGGUUCCUGUUCCGGUAGCUGCGAACGAUGAGAACUCUUCUACAUACGCUUUCAUAGGGCCUGCACAGUACUUUGGUUACCCCUCCAGGGUCUUGUAUGUGGCGACUACCAACAGUCGUUUGGGACCAUACCGGGACAUGGUUCCUGCUAUCACAAGCAGAAGCCUCGAGGAGGAUAGUGGUCGUCUGUUUGGGAUUAUCGAGAAAUCCUUCUCCACCAUUGCUAGGGUGGACAUUAGCUUCCAUUUGCGAGACUACUAUCUGGUCAACUAUAUUUAUGGUUUCCACUCGGGUGGCUUCAUCUAUUUUGCCACGGUACAAAGGAAGUCUCAUUUAAGGGCUUUAGAGGAGUGGGGUUAUGUGACCAGACUGGCACGAGUGUGUGCAUCCGACGCAGGAUAUAACACCUAUACAGAAGUGACGUUACAGUGCAUUGCGCCGGAUGGGACGGACUUUAAUUUGCUUCAGGAUGCCACAGUGGGUCCAGCAGGCUCUGAUCUAUCGUCAUUGCUUCGCAUUCGACCCGGAGCCGAUGUUUUUCUAGGAGUUUUUGCAGUUAGUAAGGAUCAUACGUCAAAACCCUCUCAUAAGUCCGCCCUCUGUAUCUACUCAUUGGCCGAGAUCGAGCAGCGCUUCACAGAAAACAUCCACCUAUGUUACAAUGGUAGUGUGCUCACUAGAAAUAUGGACUAUAUUGCUGGAAGUGUCAACCAAUGUCCGGAAGCAGGUAAAGCAGGAAAUAUUCUAAACUUCUGUAAUGAGACCAUCAAGUUGAACGGUUCCUUGCCCAUCCAACAGCCUGCAGCUGUAGUAUUCCACAAUACGACAUUGACAUCGGUAGGAGUGGCCACGACUGGUCAGCACACCGUGGCUUUUGCAGGGACUAGCGAUGGAAGUCUUAAAAAGUUUCUCAUCAGUAACUCUGCUAAAGCCGAAGAAUUUGAAGAGAUAAUAGUGGAUGAAGGCAAUCCUAUAAUUCCUAGUCCAUAUCUGGACUGGGAUGAAGGUUUUCUUUAUGUGGCAUCCCCCUAUACGAUUAGUAAAGUAAACCUACAGAGAUGUGAAAACUUCAGAAGCUGUGCAGAGUGUCUACAGAAAAAGAACCCGUACUGUGGUUGGUGUUCCUUAGAACGAAGGUGCACUAUUAAAUCGGCAUGCCAGAAUGCUACGUGGUCAUAUACAGAACGUAGCUCCCCCAGGUGGUUAUCACUUGAAACGCAACAAUGUAUUGACUUCCAGUCUGUUCGACCGAAUCAAAUUCCUCACAUCAGUUCGUCGGUGGUACAACUGAUAAUCAACCAGUUGCCCCAAUUGCCAUAUGGCGCCCAUUACUUGUGUGUGUUUGGUGACGAUAAACCAAUUCCAGCUCGUGUGACUCAGGAUGGUCUAGCUUGUCGAACACCACUUUUUGUCAGCCGACCAGCUAUUCCGAAAGGAAGAGAUCACGUGGUAGUAAGUCUGGCUGUUAGAUCAAGUGAAACUGACACCGACUUCAUCAGCCGACCAUUUGCCUUCUUCGACUGUGGAGUACAUAAAACGUGUAAAACAUGUGUAACCAGUUCUUGGGCUUGCAGCUGGUGUGUACAUCGGAACCUGUGUACCCAUAAUGCAUCACUUUGUUCAAGAAGAGUGAUUAUUGGUGAAAGUAACCCGGCCAAUUCUCUUAUUAAAGGACGUCAACAUUGUCCAAGCUUCAACUUAAAUGAGGAGAUUUUUCUUCCUAAUGGGGUGAGAAAAAAAAUUGUUGUGGAAGUGAAGAAUCUGCUGACUCCAUUAGAUGGAUUUCAAUGUAUCAUUGAAAUUGAAGGUGCAAAAGAAAGAGUUUUUGCCAGAGUGAGAGACAAUAAAGUCAUCUGUGCUGAAAAUGUGUACACAUAUCAAAGUGAUAUAGGAGAAGUGCAAGCCACCUUAACAGUUAUGUGGAAUGGAGACACUUUCAUCGACAGGACUAAUAUAACUUUGUAUAAAUGCCACCUAUUGGGAAGUCAUAGUGGGCGUGCAGACUGUUCGUUAUGUCUGACUAGGAGUCAUAAAUACCAGUGUGCAUGGUGUGGAAGCAACUGUGGCUAUAGUGGAUCUUGUACAGAACCCAUUGUUAGCUCCUGCCCUCGACCUCGUAUUGACUGGAUUCACCCUUUAAGUGGACCCAUCGAAGGAGGAACUCUAGUAGUCAUUGAAGGUUCCAACCUUGGAGCUAGUGAGGAAGAAAUAAAAGACAAAAUCACCAUUGGGGGAAUACACUGUAUUCCUGAGGAAUACAGUAUUUCUGUAAGAGUGGUAUGUCGAACUGGUUCAAGUUUAGCUCCAAUGGAAGCUGUUCUCAUGGUAGGAAACAAAGCUGGAGUUACUAAAGCACAGGAGAUGUUUUAUUAUAAGGAGGUUACACUGGAAAAUAUGUAUCCAAAGCUUGGUCCCCAGUCUGGUGGAACAAGGGUCUACCUCACUGGAAGGAACUUGAACAUUGGAAGUGAAGUGGAAAUUUUUCUUGAUGACCUUCCAUGUCGAGUAGAAAGGCCACUUGCCAGUAGUAGCCAGCUGAGCUGCCGUACUACCCGUGCCCCUGUGCCAUCUUAUAGUAUUCAACAACUGUUAUUAAGGAUUGAUAAUACCAACUUAAGCCUUAAAGAUUCAUUUCUCUAUACACAAGACCCUAGCAUUAAAAAAAUUGAGCCACUAAGAAGUUACUUCAGUGGUGGCCGAGUUCUCAGAGUGAUUGGUACUAACUUAACCUCUAUUCAGCAGCCACAAAUGGUGGUUUUCAGUCAUACAGGAGUAGUGAAUAAAACUUUUUGCACAGUUGUCAACACCAGCAUGAUGAUGUGUCCAUCACCAGCUGUACAUUCUGAGGUGUAUAGGAGAAGUAAGCCUCAGAUUCGCCCACGUCACACAGUCAAAAACAUUGUACUGAGGGUUGGGUUUGUGAUGGAUGAUGUUCAGUCAGUUCGAGAGCUGGAACGUUAUUACAAAACACUUGAGACCAACUUACAAUAUGUGCCUGACCCAGAAUAUGCAGAGUUUGGAAAUGAAGGAAUCAAGUUAUACAAGGGAGAGAGCCUUGUUAUUGAGGGAGAAAACAUGAGGCUAGCAAGCACAGAGAAAGAAGUGAAUGUUACUAUUGGUACACGCAGAUGUAACUUGACAUCCUUGAGUAUGUCACAGCUGGUAUGUCUUCCACCAGAGGUGCAACCACCUGGUAUGGAUGAACUGGGAAGAACAACAGAAAAUAACUUACCAUUAGUUGUGAUCAGGGUUGGGAAAAACCUUCGUUACGAGGUUGGUUACUUGCGCUAUGAAGUUGCCAAGAUAUACGAGUUUCCACCUGAAGCUAUAGGAGGUAUUGCAGCAGGUGGGGCCUUAUUGAUGGUGGUGACUCUCAUUAUUCUGGCUGUUUUAAGAUACAAAAGUUCUCAGGCAGAAAGAGAGUAUAAGAGGAUCCAACUUCAAAUGGAUACACUUGAAAAUAGUGUACGAUCUGAAUGUAAACAAGCAUUUGCUGAACUUCAGACAGAUAUGACUGAUCUUAACAAGGAUAUUCAGACCACAGGUGUUCCAACUUUAGAUCAUCGAACAUUUGUAAUGAGAGUGUUCUUCCCAGGGAUGGCAGAAAAUCCAGUUUUGAAGGAGUUUAAGCAACUGAAUGGACCUAGAACCACACAUCAGUUGGCAAUGACCCAGUUUGAGCAACUGCUUUACUGUAAGCCUUUCUUGUUAACCUUCAUUGACACAUUAGAGAACCAGAAAACUUUCACAAUUAGAGACAAGGUGAAUGUGGCAUCUCUUGUAAUGAUCAUUUUGUUGGAGAAAUUAGACUAUGCUACAGAGAUACUUCAAGAACUUCUAUUAAAACUGAUACACAAGUAUGUAGGAACCAAACAUCCACAGUUGAUGCUUAGGAGGACUGAAUCUGUGGUAGAAAAACUGCUAACAAAUUGGAUGGCUGUCUGCAUGUACAACUAUAUAAAAGACUAUGCAGGUAGCUCAUUGUUUCUGCUAUUCAGUGCUAUUAAACAUCAAGUUGAAAAAGGCCCAGUUGAUUUUAUCACCCAUGAUGCUCGAUACUCACUUUCUGAAGAAAGACUUCUUCGUGAGCCAACAGAUUUCAGCAUUGUGUGUAUUCAUGUAGUCCAUGAAGAACUGGAUGAAAAACUACAGUGCCGUGUCAAUAGCUGUGAUACAAUUACUCAGGUCAAGGCCAAGAUUCUGGAUGCUUUGUACAAAAACACUCCAUUUUCACUGAGACCAUCUGUUCGUGAUGUGGAUUUAGAAUGGCGCCAUGGUAGAGGAGGGCAUCUGAUUUUGGCUGAUGAAGAUUUAACAACCAAAACGAUCAAUGGUUGGAAGCGCAUCAACACCUUGGACCACUAUGGAAUCAAGGAAGCCGCUGUAAUGAGUUUAGUGCCUAAGAAGAAACAAAUUGGUCAGGAACCAUCAAAUCAUAGUGAUGGGGUCAUGACACCCAAUUCACCACGAGGUCAUGAAAAAAUUCCUGGCUUUCGUUAUUGGCACUUGGUAAAGUCUGCAGAUGAACCUCUUUCAGAACAGCAACAAAAAGAUCAUUGUCACAAGGCAAUCCCAGAAAUAUUUCUUACUAGGUUACUGUCUACCAAGGGAACAGUGCAGCAGUUUGUGGAUGAUUUUCUCUCCACUAUUUUGACAGCUAAUGAGCUUUUACCCCAAGCCGUCAAGUGGUUGUUUGAUUUGCUAGAUGAUGCUGCAGCCAAGCAUGGAAUCUCGGACCCUGAAGUGGUGCACGCUUGGAAAAGCAACAGUCUUCCACUUAGGUUCUGGGUAAACAUCAUGAAGAACCCGGAUUUCAUUUUCGAUAUUGAUAAAACACCAACAGUUGAUUCAUCUCUCUCUGUGAUUGCUCAGACCUUCAUGGAUGCUUGUUCAACAACCCAACAUCGUCUUGGCAAAGAUUCUCCUUCAAAUAAAUUACUUUUCGCUCGUGACAUUCCAACUUAUAGACGGAUGGUGGGAAAAUUGUACCAUGAUAUUUCCUUGCUCCCUACAGUUUCUGGUCCAGAGAUGAAAAUGGCCAUGCAGAAUCUUUCAGUUGCACACCAAGGGGAGAUAGAAGCUAUAAAUUCCCUUAAAGAACUAUAUGGAUAUAUUAUAAAGUAUAGCGAUCAGGUAUUUGAGGCACUCCGAACAGAUUCUAGCUGCCAGAAGUAUGACCUUGUUUCAAAACUCGAGACUGUAGCUUGUACACUUGGUGGGCAGGAAGCAUAUAUCUGCUGAAAAGAAAGUGUACUUUCAUGUUUACCAGCUUUAUGCACUUUGCACUAUAAGCUGUGUCUAUUUCUACCAGCAUGUAGCUUUUAAGCAAGUGUGAAAAAUUCUCAACUUGACAGAUUCUUAGUGUGCUUCAAAGUAAUGCUUUACCUCUUUCUUGGCUACCUUCUUAAGUCAGCAAAGUACUGACAUCAUCAAGCCAUUUCACAAAAUGUCCAUUCCAAGAAAUAGUUGGCAUAUUACUCAACUAUUGCUUUUUUUUUUGUUUUAUCAGCAUUGCUCACAAGCUUCAACCUAGAUGGAUUACGUUGCCUGAAUCACACAAAUGCAUAGUGCACUAAUUACUUGGAAGAGAAAUACACUGCAUAAAAAGAUAGCAUGGCUUGGUACUGUUUUAAUAUAUAUUAAAAUAAGCAAACUCCAUGCAUUUAAUCAUUGGUCUUGAAGUUGGCCGGGUACUGUUUGUGUCACAAAUGUCAGUAUUAGUACUGAGGAGUCUGAAGUGUGGAAAAUUUACUUUAAUGUUUGAAUAUAAACUAUCUCUAUAAAGACUCCAUUAAUACCUUUUUUGUUUGUCCUGAGCUAGAGAAUUGAAGAUAAAAGUUCAUUAUUUUUAUUUUUUAUCCAAUCCCAGAGGAAAACAAUUGUGUUGAAGUGUAGUUUAAACUCCUUGUAUGGGUCUGGCUUUUUGCCUGAUGAUAUUCCACAAAAAAAAAAACUUAACUUUAACAGGUGCUGUAUAUAAUUUAUUUUUCACAUACAGCAAUUUGCCAACUAACUAUGCACGGCCAGCCAACCACUCAGAAGAGGGACGUCUGACAGCAUAGUCAAGACCAGACUGAGCCUGCCUUAACUUUUUCUUCUUCCAAACCUCACUUUUUUUUUUGUUAGGAUCUAGUUGGCCACAAUUGCACUAUGCUUAUUCCUACCCUGUGUUUUCACCUUUCUAAUUUCUUUAUUGCAUAUCGCUCACAGCAGCGAAGGUAAUUGCCAAAUAAAAACAGGGUAUGAUUCUUAACUUGUUCUUUUUACAAUGGCUAUUUGUUUAACAGAGGAUAUUUGCUAAGUGAUUUUAUUGAAAAAAAACCUUAAAAUGGGUUUGGUUCUCUAGCUUGUUACUUGAUGUAUAUAUAUUUGUUAAGUGUUAAAACUCUUGUGUGAAUCUGAAAAAUAUAGUCUCUUCACAAGUACAUUUAACUUGUAGUAAAUACACAAACUAUGUAUAAAUUAUCGAUAAUAUUCUAAUACCUUGGCAAGAUUCUCAAUGUGGUAGUUUAUGAUAAAUGAAAUUCGUAAGAAGGAAAAGAAACGAAUGAAUAAAAAUAAUCUUU